CGGCAUGCUCGGUCGAUCAGUCGAGAGUGGAAAGUGGCAUCAGUUUGACAGUGUAAAAAUCUCAUUCUUUCCGAAAAUCAACAACAACCGAAUUUCAUCACUCAUUCGUUCAACGAUCUCCUUUUUCUCGACAUAUUUUUAUUUUGAGUGUUUCACAAUUUGUUUGGGCUUUCCGAACAGUGUGUAGAGUGACAUUGAGUUUUUCCUUUGUGUACAUCGUGCUUAUAUCGUCAAAUUUGUGCAUAAACAAUACUUUUGUUGUAUUUUUAAUUUUAGCUUAAUUCGGCGUUUUUUUUUAUUGGGACAGUGCUCACAUUUGUUCGGAUGUCAGUGCAUAAUAAAAAUCGUGAUUUUUAUACUACUUUGUGGAUUUUAAAGUGCGAUUUGAAACGAUUUUUCGCCGAAAAAAAGAGGCAAAUUUUGAAGUUUUCCGUUUAUAAACGAGUUUUGGAAGUGAAAUACGUGCAAUUUUUAGUUUAUUUGUGAUAUUGUAUUUUAAUUAAUCUUUUCAAAUGUAAAUAUUUAAACAAAACGUUGCAUUUUCAAACGUACAUCAUAAACGUCAUCGUAUAAUUGGCGUAUGAUCAAUUUCUGUUGCAAACUAACAAAUCACGUCGAAAAUAUCGUUUGAUUAACCAACUGUGAUCCAAUUCAAUUUUAAUCGAUUUUUGAUUUUCUCGUGCUAAUUUCGUGUCUUUGCCUAUACCUGUCAACCCUUUAACAUCACAAAAUGAGAAUCACCAAGAGUCUUCCGUCUAAAAGUAGUACCAGAAAUCAGUACUUAGCCACAGUUAUCGUGAAUAUAACGAAUAUAUUGUAUGGAUAUGCAUCAGGAUGGACAAGUUCUAGUCUGCUAAUUUUGGAGUCAAAUGAAAAAUCCCCGCUCGUUGAAGGUGCCAUGGGCCAAGAGGAACGAUCGUGGGUUACAUCACUUUUUGCUGUAUCUGGAGUCGUUGGAACCCUUCUCUACUAUUUUAUAGCUGAUGUUGCUGGGCGAAAAAUUCCACUCGCAUCAGUGGCCGUUCCACAUCUUAUAAGCUGGAUUCUUAUCGAAUACGGAAUUUAUCCAUGGCAACUGUAUUUGUCAAGAAUACUAUCUGGUCUCGGUAGUGGUGGUGCAUUUACUCUGGUACCCAUUUUUAUUGCUGAAAUAUCAGAGGCUCACGUACGAGGUCGAUUGGGAAGUCUAUUGAUGUUCUCCGCAAAUGCUGGUUUUCUAUUUGCAUUCUUGGCCGGUUACUAUCUUCAAUACUUUGCCAUACCAUAUUUCGGAAUCAUCCUUUCGAUAGUCUAUCUUUUGUCGUUUAUAUUCUUUCCCGAAACACCGACAUUUUUAUUGCGGAUCAAAAAGGAAGAGUUGGCCGAACAGUCUUUUAGAUUCUAUCGAAAUGUUGGCGAAGGAGAAACAAUGUCAGACAAUAUUCGCAAAGAAUGGGACGAACUUCGAAAACGAAUUGAUGAAACCAUGCAAACUGAAUGCAAAGUCAAAAACAACUUCGAAUACAAAGACUUGUUCAAAACGCGAGCUGGACGUAAGGCGUUUAUGAUUGGAUUGGCUUUGAUUUUUAUGCAUGAAUUUUGCGGUGUAUUUACAAUGCUUAACUAUACAGCGACCAUUUUCCGUGAAAGUGGUUCAAAGUUUUCGCCUCAAUUAUCGGCCAUAUACGUUGGAGUCGUCCAAUUACUAGGAACUUACGUGGCAACAUUUUUGGUGGAUCGCUUAGGUCGUAAGAUCCUGUUGAUAUCUUCAGCGAUUGGAACAUCAUUGUGUCUGUCAUGUCUUGGCUCCUACUCCUACUUGCAUUCGAUUGGUGUCGAUGUCAGUCCGUACUCAUGGAUUUCCAUUGCCAGUUUCUCAGGAAUGAUGUUUUUAGCUGCCAUUGGACUGAUACCAAUUAUGUUCAUUGUGAUCGCAGAAGUGAUGCCAGAGAAGGUGCGUAGUAUUGGGUGUACAAUUUGUUUCUGUUUAUCGUGGAUCCUGGCAUUUGUGAUGGUCAAAUUCUUCGAAUCAGUUGCGCUCGUCUUUGGAAUGCACGGCUGGGUGUUUUUAUUCAGCGGUUGCACACUUUUUGGUGCCAUAUUCAUCAUCGUAUUUAUUCCAGAAACCAAAGGAAAGAAUUAUGCCGAAAUUGCGGCCAUUUUAGAACGAUAGACAUUUUUAAAAUGUAGUUGUAUAAAUCGAAUUUUAUGGAAAGGACUAUAGUUUCUUUUAGAUGAACGUUAAUUUUAUCAAUGACAAAUUAUGUACUUAUUUUGUU